AUGGAGAAAAAGAAGCAUUGCAGAGUUUUCAAACUUCCCAAACUUGUUCAACUUUGUACUGCUCUCAUCUCCAUCUUUGCCAUCCUACCUCUCUCUCAAUCUUUCAAUUAUGGAGAAGCCCUCUCCAAGAGUCUCCUCUACUUCGAAUCCCAGCGUUCUGGCCGCUUACCUCACAACCAAAGACUCACCUGGCGACAGCAUUCCGGCCUCACCGAUGGCUUAGAACAAGGAGUGGACUUGGUGGGAGGGUAUUAUGAUGCCGGCGACAAUGUUAAAUUUGGUCUGCCAAUGGCCUUUACCGUUACGAUGCUCUCAUGGGGUGUCAUCGAGUACGGCGACCAGAUUGCUGCAGCCGGCGAGUAUUACCACGCGCUUGAAGCAAUCAAAUGGGGGACUGACUAUUUCAUCAAAGCACAUACUCACCCUAAUGUUCUAUGGGCUCAGGUGGGUGAAGGUGACACUGAUCACUACUGUUGGCAACGGCCGGAGGACAUGACGACAUCGCGACGAGCUUACAAGAUCGACGAGAACCACCCCGGCUCGGAGCUUGCCGGAGAGACUGCGGCGGCAAUGGCUGCAGCAUCAAUGGUCUUUAGGAGAACAAACCCACAUUAUUCUCACCUUCUUUUGCACCAUGCGCAACAACUCUUUGAAUUUGGUGACAAAUUUAGAGGGAAGUAUGACAGUAGUGUAGGGGUGGCAAAGGGCUAUUAUCCAUCACAAAGUGGUUAUAAAGAUGAGUUGUUGUGGGCUGCUCUGUGGCUCUAUAAGGCCACUCACAAAGUUGUUUAUUUGAAAUAUGCAAUAGACAUGGCUCACUCUUUUGGUGGGAUCACUUGGGCCAUGGCAGAGUUCAGCUGGGAUGUUAAGUAUGCUGGUGUUCAAAUCAUUGCCUCCAUGUUGCCGAUGGAAGAGAAGCACAAAGAACACAUCAAAACUCUCCUACAAUACCGUUCAAAGGCAGAACACUACAUCUGUGCUUCCCUUAAUAAAAACAACUUGACCAAUGUGCAUCGCACCCCAGGAGGCCUCCUGUACGUCCGCCAAUGGAACAACAUGCAGUACGUAUCAACGGCUGCAUUUCUUCUCACAAUCUACGCUGAUCAUCUCCAAACCUCCAAUCAACGGCUCAAUUGCAAUGGAGAAUUAGUGACCCCCAAUGAAAUCUUCUCUUUCGUUAGAUCACAGGUUGACUACAUCUUGGGCUCUAAUCCAAUGGCCAUGAGCUACUUAGUUGGUUAUGGUCCAAAUUACCCAGAAAGAGUGCACCACAGAGGCGCAUCAGAGGAAUCCUACAGAGAGAGCAAGGGUUUUAUUGGGUGCACACAGGGGUAUGAUAAGUGGUAUGGACGCCAAGAUCCAAACCCCAACGUUCUAGUGGGGGCACUGGUUGGUGGGCCAGAUAGCAAGGACCGUUUCAGAGACAGAAGGAGUAAUUAUAGGCAAACAGAAGCUUGCACUUAUAACACGGCGCCCCUAGUUGGGAUUUUUGCUAAACUUCAUGGAUUAGAAAGAGAGGGAUUCACUGCUAAUCCAUCACUAGUUUCAUCUAGCUAG